UACGCUACCCCUCCACAUUCGCUUCCUUUCGUAUAACCAUCCCAUCUUCCAUUCUUCUCUCGUUUUCUCCUUUCCACAUACUUAUCCUCCCCUUUCCGCCUGUUACCAAUCAAACAUUCCCUUCGUAGAAGCGUUCAGAGCCGCCACAAUGUCCCCCUCCCACACCGCCUUCUUCUACGGCACCCUCAUGGCACCCCCCGUCCUCCACCGCGUAAUCUGGGGCCAAUCCAGCGCGCCCACCCCCGCGCACGCCUCGCUCCUGACCAUCCGGCCCGCAAUCCUGCACUCGUACCAGCGCCACAAAGUGAUCAAUGCCGACUACCCUGCCAUCCUGCCCUCCUCCUCAAGCACACACUCCGUGCGCGGGACGCUGGUCACAGGGCUCACGGACGGCGACAUCUGGAGACUGGAUAUAUUCGAGGGCAGCGAGUACGAGCGGAGGAAGGUUCGGGUGCGGGUUUUGGAAGAGAAGGAUGGUGGAAGAAACCGGGGAGAGGGCGGGAUGGGCGAUUUGCAGCAGAAAGAGGAGGACAAUGUAGAGCGCGGGGAAGUGGAUGCGGGAACGUACGUCUGGAUAGCCGGGAAGCACUUGCUGGACCCUACGGAAUGGGAUUUCGCCGAGUUCGUGCGGGAUAAAAUGAAGCGCUGGGUGGGACGGGAAGCAGCGGAGACAGACGAGGGAUUCCAGGGUAGGCCAUCUAUCAACGAUGUCGACGACGCCGUCGCAGCGCUAGAAGCGGGCAAAGAUCCGACAGGGGGACGAGGCGCAAAUGGCAGUAUAACGCGGCAGCUGCAACAGAACGGACAGACGGAAAAGGAAGCUUUGGAGGGUGCCGUAUGAGGGGGAUAUAGAGAUACGAAAUGGACGGCAUAGAAGGAGCACAGCAUGUAUACCCAGGAAGGGCAGACGCAUCACGGAUACAGCCGUUGUUGCAAGCAUACACUAUUUUCUUUCCAUCAAAGCACAGCGGACUACCUCUCCAUCUAUGCACGCUGCCCGAAGACACCAGCACGAACUGGUAUUCACGCCCUUCAAUGCAGAGUCGCCAUGCCCUCCUCCAGUCUACCACUGAACUGAAAGACGCCCGAGGCUGUAAGCGCCGAAGCAAACCUGGGCAAAACUCACAAAGUCCGCCCUUCGGUACCGCAUCAUGGACAACGCCGUCGCCAUGCAAGAAGAUGAAAAAGAUAAAGCAAUGAAAUGGGAGUACACGAAAUGAGAAAUCGCUA